GCUUUUUUCCCCCAUAAAACAAACUUUCCUCGCCUUCACAAAAACGCCACCGCACAAGCAAAGCACAAACAGAAUCUCCGAAUAUUCCGGCGAAUCUUCUCCUUCCGCCGCCCCCUUUCCCACCAGUUCCCACAUGGAAAAAGAGCCACUUCUCUCACACAUCCCCUGGAAAACCCAACCGCCACCACCGCCGCCGCCACUCCGCCUCCCACCCGAAAACGAGAGACCCAUUUUUAGCUCCGAGGUUGACUCAUCAUCCCAGCUCCAAACUCCCAUCCCCUCGCCGGAAAUUCGCGCCAACGAAAGACUACAUUCCGAUUAUCGAUUUCCCAAUCUCGACACAGAAAUUCAACACCACCCUCGGUUGGUCCACCCUAACCACUCCGCCGCCAAGACCAGUCUCCGCAGGUCCAAAACCGCGCCGGCCAUGGUCAACAUCAACGAAAUCGACCAACAAUUUCCACCGCCCAAGCCGCCGCAAUUCGGUAAGCCAUCGAUCGUUAGACAGGGGGUUUUGCUCUUGAUUCUGUAUUUGAGCCUCGGCGUGCUCAUAUACUCAUUCAGUAAGGAAAAUUUUAGGGGAAACGAAACCCAUCCUGUUGUUGAUGCUCUGUAUUUCUGCAUAGUCACUAUGUGCACUAUUGGGUAUGGCGAUAUAACCCCUGAUAGUACAGCCACAAAGCUUUUCUCGAUCGCUUUCGUGCUCGUGGGCUUUGGUUUUAUCGACAUUUUGUUAACUGGGAUGCUUAGCUACACGCUUGAUUUGCAGGAGAAUUAUCUGUUGAGGACUAUCAAGGGAUCUUAUAUAAUUGAUGCAAAAAAGGGAAGAAUGAGGAUACGAAUGAAGGUCGGAUUAGCUUUAGGUGUUGUGGUUCUCUGUAUAGGAAUCGGGGUUAUGUUUAUGUAUUAUGUCGAGAGGCUCGGCUGGUUAGACUCGUUGUACUUGUCGGUUAUGUCCGUGACUACAGUUGGAUAUGGUGACCGGGUUUUUAAUUCAUUGGCUGGUCGAGUGUUUGCGGCCGUUUGGCUUCUUGUUUCGACUCUUGCUGUUGCUAGGGCUUUUCUUUACUUGGCCGAGGCUCGAGUUGAUAAAAGGCAUAGGAUGAUGGCUAAGUGGGUGCUCAGCCAAGAUAUGACUGUGGAGCAGUUUCUUGCAGCUGAUACUGAGAACAAUGGGUUUGUGAGUAAAUCGGAGUAUGUAAUCUACAUGCUGAAGGAGAUGGGCAAAGUUUCAGAGAGAGAAAUCUUUCAAAUUUGUAAACAGUUUGAAAGAUUGGAAUCUGGCAAUUGCGGGAAAAUCUAUCUAGCCGAUCUCAUGGAAGGUCAUCGAUGAGUGAUGAUCGAGAAAGAGAAGAAGCAUUUGCCUUUCAAGAGCUCGAUUUUGUCAAUUCCUUAGAUUUAAUAAGAAAUUAACUGGCUAUCGAUUAUCUGUCAUCUGAUUCUUUAGGUAAGUGUGUUUGCAAACAAGAAAAGAAGAAAAAAGGGGAAAAAAUGGCGACAAAUCCAAAAGCACAAAGUGUUUGCAAACACUGCCUUUUUGUUUGAGAAUAUAUGUGAAGUUGAAUUCAUUUUGCAACUGUGAUAUGGUUUGGGCCUUUUUGCAGGCUAAAUUGUAUGGUUGGCCCAAAUGUGAUUAGCUUGUAUAGAAAUGUAAACUAAUAUUAUUGUGUUGAUCUACGAGUGGGAAAAUAUAUUUCUCCAUGGGCCAUUGGCCAUAUCACUAUGUAUAGACAUAUGCAAAGUCAUUU